GGGGGAGUUGCUACGCUGCCACCAAGGUUUGGAGUCUGUCGCGAUGCCGCACCCGCGCUUCCCCAAGAUCGACGUCCAAGAGCUUCGCGAUGACUUUAUCCGCUUCGAGCUGUCGGAGACGGACGCUAGCGUGGCCAACGCCAUCCGCCGCGUCAUGAUCUCCGAGGUACCGACGCUGGCCAUUGACUUGGUGAGUAUCGAGAUCAACACGUCGGUCAUGACGGACGAGUUCCUGGCGCACCGACUGGGUAUGAUCCCGCUCAACUUCGAUGGUGGACUCGAGAACUUCCGCCAGCGCUUCGUGUACUCGCAGGACUGUGACUGUGACGAGAACUGCCCCAACUGCUCAGUCGAAUUCACGCUGGACGUGACUGCCGACAGUGGCGUGCUGUCCGUCACGAGCGAGGCUCUCAAAUCCUCAGACCCAUACAUUCGCCCUGUUAACUUCUCGUCCGAGGAAGAGCUUAACAACACACAGGACAGCGGCGUCAUCAUCGCUAAGCUCGGCCCCGGACAGAGACUACGUCUUUCGGCCAUCGCCAAGCUUGGCAUCGGCAAGGAGCACGCGAAGUGGUCUCCCGUGGCAGUCGCCACGUACAUGUACGACCCCAUUAUUACGCUUAAUCAGGCCGUUCUGAGCACCUACUCGCCCGAGCAGAAGGCUGAGCUCUACAAGAGCUGCCCCACAGAAGUGUUCGAGACGGAUGAGAACUACGAACAGGUGAGAGAGGAGGAUCGAGUGGUGCAGAAGAGAAAAGACGAUUGCUGA